GUGGCUCUUCUAGUUCCACGUUCAGUUCAGUGGUGUGUGUCCUUGGCUGAGCAGGCGAAUACCAUUGGCAAUAGGCUGUUGGGGUUCUAGUCUUAUUGCUGUUCCCCUCGCAAUCCCUCAAAUUUAAUUUGAUGGUCAUAAUGUUAGCGGCCCGGUUUCUUCUCCGUCGUUCACUCCCUGCUAUGCGCCAGGCCCGCUAUUAUGCCGACGCACCCUCUGCUUCUCCCCAGAUGUCCUUCACGUUUGCGUCCCCAACACAGGUGUUCUUCAACGCGGCCAGCGUGAAGCAGGUGGACGUCCCGACGCUGACCGGAGCGUUCGGCAUCCUGCCCGCCCACGUCCCCACGCUGCAGGUGCUGAGGCCCGGCGUGGUCACCGUCUUCGGCGACGACGGUUCAGCCGCAAAGUACUUUGUGAGCAGCGGUUCCGUCACUGUGAAUGCCGACUCCUCUGUGCAACUGCUGGCGGAAGAAGCCGUACCUCUGGACAGCCUGGACCUCACUGCUGCUAAAGCGAACCUGGAGAAGGCCCAGGCCGACCUGCUCGGCACUGCAGACGAGGCAGCCAGAGCGGAGGUUCUGAUCAGCAUAGAGGCCAACGAGGCCAUGGUUAAGGCCCUGGAGUAAAGCUCGGCCUAGCGGCACAGCCUCGUGUUAGUGUAAUGUUACACUAAACUCCCUUUCCCUGCCCAAAAACAACUUUGUACUUUGUACAGUGGAUGAAAUUGCAAAUAAAUUUAUUUGGAAUAAUCAA